AUGCUGUUUGCCAUCCUCACCGUGAUUCUGUUGCUCGCAAGCUUUGUGCCGCAGUGGUGGGUGCGCAGCGUGAUUCGCCAAUAUAACCAACCGAUCGAAUCAUUGCCCGGUACCGGCGGCGAACUGGCAGAACAUUUGAUUCAACGUUUUGCGCUCGAGGGCGUAACGGUCGAGGAAACUAAGCCGUUUCAGGAUCACUAUGACCCUGCGGCGAGCUGUGUACGUCUGGGGCCGGACAACUUUUCAGGUAAGUCGGUGACCGCAAUUGCGGUUGCCGCCCACGAAGUCGGGCAUGCGCUGCAGUUCAAACGCAACGAAAAGAUUGCACAGCUGCGCGGUAAAUACAUGCCGCUUUCCAUCGCACUCGGUAAGUUAGGCACGUACGUGCUGCUGGCAUUUCCGCUGGUGUCAGUAUUGACCAAAUCACCCUCGGCGAUGAUCGUAAUGCUGGUGGUGAGUGUAUUGCUGCAGCUCGCUGGUGCCGCUAUGUAUCUCAUCGUGCUGCCAGAAGAGUGGGAUGCCAGUUUUAACAAAGCACUGCCGAUUUUGCUCGAAGGAGACUACCUGCCGGAGGAGCAUAUGGCGGGCGCGCGCAAGGUCUUACAGGCGGCGGCGCUGACCUAUUUCACCAGCGCAUUGGCCAGCGUGGUCAAUAUCGGCAGGUGGCUGUUACUGUUGCGACGCUAG